GGUGACGGUGUCUGCGGGCAGCACGGUGUUGUUGAUGUCCAGGUGCAGCACCAGGCGCCGCCGCUCCGCCCGCCCGCUCAUCGCCCCCGCUACCGGCACCGGCACCGGCACCGGAACCGGAACCGGCGCCGCGGCCCCGCUUCCGGCACCGGACGGGGACGAAGGGGGCGUUGCCAUGGCAACCGGGCACGCGCCGCGCGGUGGGCGUGGCCUCGGUGGUGGGCGUGGCCAAUCACCGCACCGGACCGCGGAGGGGGCGUGGCCUCGCCCCGCGGCGGGAGGGGCGUGGCUUCUCGAGGAGGCGGAAGCGGAAGUGGGCGGUGCUUCCGGCGCUCCGCGGGCGGCCAUGUUGGAGCGGCGGCGGCGGCGGCGGGGGCGCAGCGGCGGCGGGCGCGGCCGUGUCGGCGGGCGGCAGAGCCCGCGGCUGCCCAUGGAUGUCCUGGCACUCACUCUGCUCCUGGUGGGGGUACCAACAGUGGGGGGCUGGGAAGAGCCUGACCCGUCCCAGGGCUGCGCCCGAGGCAGCUGCUACCCGGCCACCGGCAACCUGCUGGUGGGGCGAGCCCAGCGGCUGAGCGCCUCGUCCACCUGCGGGCUGCACGGCCCCCAGGAGUACUGCAUCGUCAGCCACCUCCAGGACUCAGAGAAAUGCUUCACCUGCGACUCGCGGGACCCGUCCCUGCGCGAGAGCCACCGCAUCGAGAACGUCAUCUACCUGCAUGGCCCCCACGGCGAGCGCAGCUGGUGGCAGUCGGAGAACGGCGUGGAGCACGUCAGCAUCCGCCUGGACCUGGAGGGCGAGUUCCACUUCACCCACCUCAUCAUGAAGUUCAAGACCUUCCGCCCCGCUGCCAUGCUGGUGGAGCGCUCGGCCGAUUUCGGGCGCAGCUGGAAGGUGUACCGCUACUUCGCCUACAACUGCUCCAAGCUCUUCCCCGGCAUCCCCAGCCAGCCCUCGGGGCACAUCGACGAGGUGCUGUGUGACCAGCGCUACUCCGAGAUCGAGCCCUCCAGCCACGGGGAGGUGAUCUUCAAGGUGCUGGACCCCUCCAUCCCGGUGGCAGAUCCCUACAGCCCCGACAUCCAGGACCUGCUGCGCGUCACCAACCUGCGGGUGAACCUCACCAAGCUGCACACGCUGGGGGACAACCUGCUGGACUCGCGGCAGGAGGUGCUGCACAAGUACUACUACGCCGUGGACGAGCUGGUGCUGCGCGGGAGCUGCUUCUGCCACGGCCACGCCGCCGAGUGUGCCCCUGCACCCGGCGCCCCGCCGUCCGUCCCCGGCAUGAUCCACGGGCGCUGCGUCUGCAAGCACCACACGCAGGGCCCCAACUGCGAGCGCUGCGAGGACUUCUACCACGACCUGCCCUGGCGCCCGGCCGAGGGCUCCAGCACCAACGCCUGCCGCCGGUGCGACUGCAACGAGCACUCGCGGCGCUGCCACUUCGACAUGGCCGUGUUCCUGGCCACGGGGAACACCAGCGGGGCCGUGUGCGACGGCUGCCAGCACAACACCAUGGGCCGCCGCUGCCACCUCUGCAAGCCCUUCUACUACCGGCACCCACGCUCUGACAUCCGCGCGCCCACCGCCUGCGCCCCGUGUGACUGUGACCCCGCGGGCUCGCUGGACGGGGGCGCCUGCGACGCGCACACGGACGUGGCGCUGGGCAUGAUCGCGGGGCAGUGCCGCUGCAAGGAGAACGUGGCCGGGCCCCGCUGCGACCGGUGCCGGCACGGAGCCUACGGCCUCAGCCAGGGAGACCCACAGGGCUGCCAGCCCUGCCGCUGCGACCCGCGGGGCACGGUGGCGGGCAGCUCCCCCUGCGACCCCAUCAGCGGGGACUGCUACUGCAAGCGCUUCGUGGCUGGGCGCUCCUGCAGCCAGUGCGUGCCCGAGUUCUGGGGCCUCAGCUACGACGUGGGGGGCUGCCGGCCCUGCUCCUGUGACUUCGGGGGAGCCUACAGCAACCGGUGCUCCAUGGAGGACGGGGCCUGCCCGUGCCGCCCCCACCUGAUGGGCCGGCAGUGCGACCAGGUGCAGCCCGGCUUCUUCUGCGCCCCCCUCGACCACUACACCUACGAGGCCGAGCAAGCCACGGGACACGGACCCGACCACCCCCAGCUCCCGGGUGCCGUGCGUGCCGAGGUGCCCCAGGACUGCCCCCAGCAGCGCCCCGGGGAGCCGGCGGGGCGGAAGGUUCGCCAGCGGCCCCAGCGCAGUCCCCGCCGUGCCCCCCAGCCCCGCGCCCCCCUGCGCCGCAGCCGCCAGCAGCCCCCCAAGCCCGACGUGGAGCCGGUGCUGCGGGACGGGGCUGGGCGCAUGGUGACCUGGACGGGUCUGGGGUUCGCCCGCGUGCGGGACGGGGCCGGGCUGACUUUCCACGUGGACGACGUGCCCUACCCCAUGGAGUACGAGCUGCUGCUGCGCUACGAGCCCGAGUCGGCCGAGGACUGGGAGGCCGUGGUGAGCGUCAGCUCCCGGGUGCUGCCCACCAGCCCCCGCUGCGGGAACCUGCUGCCCUCCGAGCAGAUGUACCGGGAGAGCCUGCCCCACAGCCAGAGGUACGUGCUGCUCUCCCGGCCCUUCUGCUUCGAGCCCAGCACCCCGUACGAGGUGACCAUGAGACUGCAGCGGGCUGGCGUCACCCAGCGCCACCCCGGAGCCUUCAUCCUCAUCGACUCGCUGGUGCUGCUGCCGCGUGUGUCAGAGCUGCCGGGUUUCCACGGGGCGGCGGCCGACGUGGCGCAGCGGCGCGAGGAGCUGGAGCGGUACCGCUGCCUGGAGGCUUUCCGCAUGGCCCCCCCGCACACCCUGGCCGAAGCCUGUGCCCGCCUGGUGUGCAGCGUCUCGGCACUGCUGCACGACGGCGCCCUGCCCUGCCAGUGCGACCCGCAGGGCUCCCGCAGCAGCGUGUGCCGGGCGCUGGCGGGGCAGUGCGAGUGCAAGCCCCACGUCCUCGGCCGCCGCUGCGACCGCUGCGCCCCCGGCAGCUACGGCUUCGGGCCCCUGGGAUGCAGCCCCUGCGCCUGCUCCCCGGAGGGCUCCGUGUCCCCGCUGUGCGAUGCGGGCAGUGGGCAGUGCCGCUGCCAGCCCGGGGCUGUGGGCCGGCAGUGUGACCAGUGCCAGCCGGGCCACUGGGGCUUCCCCACCUGCCGGCCCUGCCAGUGCAACGGGCACGCCGAGGACUGCGACCCCCGCACGGGCAGCUGCCUGCGCUGCCGCGACCACACCACCGGCCGGCACUGCGAGAGGUGCCAGGACGGUUACUACGGGGACCCGGUGCUGGGCUCGGGGCAGCAGUGCCGCCCCUGCCCCUGCCCCGGUUACCCCGGCACGCGGCACUACCACGGGAGCGCCUGCCACGCCGACGAGGAGACGAACCACAUCGUGUGCCUCUGUGCACCCGGAUAUGCUGGGCCACGCUGCGACCGCUGCUCCCCCGGCUACUUCGGGGCUCCGGAGACGGAGGGGGGAGCGUGCCGGCCCUGCCAGUGCAACAACAACAUCGACACCAGCGACCCGGGGGCCUGCGACCCCCGCACGGGGCAGUGCCGCCGCUGCCUGUACCACACCGCCGGGCCCCGCUGUGCCCAGUGCCAGCACGGCUUCUUCGGCAACGCUCUGCAGCGCAGCUGCCGGCGCUGCAGCUGUGACCCGCGGGGGACGCUGGCCUCCUACUGUGCCACCGGUGCCUGCGACUGUGACCGUGCCACCGGGACCUGUGCCUGCCGGCCCCACGUGGUGGGCAGGAGCUGCGACCGCUGCGCGCCCCACUUCUGGAGCCUGGGGGGAGCAGGGGGCUGCGAGCCCUGCGGCUGCCACCCCACCCGCGCCCUGCACCCUGCCUGCGAUGCGGUCACGGGGCAGUGCCACUGCCGCCCUGGUUUUGGGGGCCGCGUCUGCUCCCAGUGCCAGGAGCAUCACUGGGGGGACCCCGAGCAGCAGUGCCGAGCCUGCGAGUGCGAGCCGCUGGGCGCCGAGAGCCCGCAGUGCGACCGAGCCAGCGGGCAGUGCCGGUGCCGUCCGGGCUUCGGGGGGCUGCGCUGCGACAGCUGCCAGCGGGGCUACCAGGCCGCCUUCCCCCGCUGCUCCCCCUGCCACCCCUGCUUCGGGCGCUGGGACGUGGCGCUGGGCAGCCUGCGGGACUGGCUGCGGCGCCUGGGGGCGCGGGCACGGGCGUUGCGCGAGGGGGGCUCUGCGCCCCCGCUCAGCCCCCGCCUGCGGGCGCUGGAGGAGGCUCUGGGGCGCGCGGAGCGGCUGCUGGGAGAGGGGGGCAGUGCCAGCAGCCCCCUCCUGCAGGAGCUGGCCGGGCGGCUGGAUGGCACCAGGACGGAGCUGGAUGACUUCUGGAAGAGGCUGCAGGAGCUGGAGCAACAUCUGGAUCAGCUGGAGCAGGGAGAUGUGCGGCAUCGAGACCGGCUGGCCGGGCUGAGCCAUGAGCUGGGGGGGCUCAACCGAACCGCCUCCCACCUCCAAGGUGUCCUCGGCACCGUGGCGGCGGCUGGGUUUGGGGAGUCCUACCAGAGCAUCGUGGCGGCGGCGCGGGACUCGCGGCAGGCAGAGGCGGUGGCCAACGGCACGGCGGGCGAGCUGAGCGCGGCGCGGGCCAGGCGGCGGGCGGCCGAGCGGCUGCUGCGGCAGCGGGGCGAUGCUUUCCGCCGCAGCAUGGCUGCGCAGAGGAAAUCCCUGAGGGAGGCACAGAAACGGGUGUCGGGGCUCAGCAUGGCCAGGAUCAACGAGAAGAUCUGCGGGGUGCCCGGGGACCGGAGCUGCUCAGAGUCACCCUGUGGGGGAGCCCUGUGCCGGGACAGCGUGGGGACACGGCACUGCGGGGGCGCGGGGUGCUCGGGGGCCCUGCCCGUGUCAGCUCGAGCCCUGAGCAGCGCCCGCAACGCCUCGCAGCAGCUGGAGGUGGCUCUGGGACAGCUGAGUGCCGUGGCGCAGAAGAUGCAGGAGGUGCAGGACCUGGCGCGGGGUGCCCGCAGCCGAGCGGAGGAGGCGCUGGGGAGGUCACAAGCUGCCCGCAGCCGCACGGAGAAGGAGACAGCAAAGCUGCGGGACUUCAUCCGGCGCAUCAAGGCCUUCCUGGCUGAGGAAGGAGCUGACCCAGGCAGCAUCGAGCUGGUGGCCCGGCACGUGCUGAACAUCUCCCUGCCCAGCAGCCCCGGCCGGAUCCAGGAGCUGCUGCAGGAGAUUCAGGAGAGCAUCGGGCAGCUGGACGGAGUGGACGCGGUGCUGAACAGCACGGCGCAGGGGCUGGCUGCAGCGAAAGAGCUGCUGGCACAGGGACAGGACGCCCGGGAGCGAGCGGAGGGCGUGAGGGACGAGCUGGCGGGGACGCAGCGCGUGCUGCAGAUGGCACAGGCACAGGUGACGGUGGCGGGGAGCGCCCUGCAGAGUGCCAAGGACACCAUUUGGGCUGCCGAGAACAGCACCAAGGAGGCGGAGCGCAAGCUGCAGGCGCUGCAGGGGAAGGAGUCGCGGCUGCAGCGGCGGCUGCGGGAGCUGGCACAGCGCGUGGCCGCCCUGCAGGAGCGGGGACAGGGCGCACGGCGCAUGGCCCAGGAAGCCAAGGAGGGGGCGCAGCGUGCCACCGCCACCUCGGGGACGCUGAGCCAGGACCUGGAGCGGGUGACGCAGCGCUACGUGCUGCUGAAAGGCAAGGUCAGCGGGCUGGCCGGGGUGUCUGGCGGCGCCCUGCAGCGGGUGACAGAGCUGACAGCAGAGGCCCGGGACCUCCUGGACAAGGCCAACAGCAGCAAGAAGAAGCUGGAAGAGCUGGAGCAGCACUUCGGGGCCAACGAGCAGGCGAUGACGGCCAAGGCGACGCAGCUGCAGGCGCUGGAGCGGCAGGUCUCGGGGCUGCUGCAGGAGAUCCAGGAGCGGGCCAACGCUUACGCCACCUGCUAGGGAGCUCCGCGGGGCCGUGCCGUGCCGUGCCGUGCCGCCCUCCCUUUCCACGCGGGACACAUUCCCCACGCCGCGUGGAAAAAACCCGCGGGCAUCUGUAGCGCGGCUGCACCUGCAAAUAAAGCCCUGAGCCCCGGCU